UCCCUAAUAUUUGAGACAAACUUUUAAACACACAUGGUGCUACCUAAAAUUUUCCUUAAAAUAACACAUUUUAUUUUUAUUUUAAUUAACAGAUAUUAAAACCCUAAACCACAAAACCGGAGUCGCACGUCUCAGAAGCUCACCGGAAAAAGCUGCCGGAGUUCGUCGUCGACCGCCACAAACCGUGAGAAACUCCGUUCACCUUUUUCUUUUCAUUCAUUUUACGCAUUUUCCCUGAUAUCUUUAGUAUCUGAUUAAUUCAAUGCAAUGAAAGAUUCGAAUUAGUCUGAAAGAAGAAGAAUAAAAAAACAGAGUGUGAGAGUGUGUUUUGUGAAGAUUUGUUGAAUGGAAUUAUCCGAAAAAUUCAAUCUUUUUCAACUUAGAUUAGAACUCUGUAAUGUUGUUUAUUGCUACAACAACAAGGUUAAGGUAUUCAAUCCCCAAAUUUCUGAAACACUUUUCACAUUGCCCAAAACAAAAUUCAAAAAUAUCAUCUUCCUUUGAUAGAAUUGACGACGCCAUCGCGUUAUUCAAUCGAUUGAUUAACACGCAGCCGAUACCGUCUGUUGUAGAAUUUAACAUGAUUUUAGGGUCAAUAGUGAAGAUGAAGCAUUGUCCUACAGCUAUAUCUUUUUUGAAGCAAAUGGAGUUGAAAGGAAUCACUCCUUCUAUAGUAACUUUGAGUAUUUGGAUAAAUUGUUAUUGUCAUUUGGGUGAGAUGGGUUUUGCCUUUUCUGUAUUGGGUUUAGUUUUCAAGAGGGGUUAUCGACCUAAUAAUAUAACGUUGACGACGAUUAUGAAAGGGCUUUGUAUUAAUGGUGAGGUUAAGAAAGCGAUGGAGUUUCAUGAUAAUGUGGUUGUGCAAGGUUUUUUGUUGGAUGAAAUUAGUUAUGGAACUUUGAUCAAUGGUUUGUGUAAGAUAGGAUGUACGAGAGACGCGUUUCAUUUGCUGCAAAAGAUGGAAGGACUAGUGGUUAAGCCUAAUCUAGUAAUCUACAAUAUGAUCAUUGAUAGUUUAUGUAAAGACGGAUUUGUAAAUGAGGCACGGGGUUUAUAUUCGAAAUUUUUUGACCUGGGAAUAGAUCCUGAUAUUUUGACUUACACUUCUUUGAUUUGUGGUUUUUGUAGUACGGGUCAAUGGGGAGAAGUUAAUCAAUUGUUGUGCGAAAUGGUUAGUAAAAACAUUAAGCCAAAUGUUUAUACCUUCAAUGUAUUAAUUGAUGCGUUUUGUAAAAAAGGAAAUAUGAUAGAAGCUCAUGGUAUGUGUAAUUUGAUGAUUGAAAGCGAUCAGAAGCCAGACAUUGUUACUUUCAACACUUUAAUGAAUGGACAUUGUUUACAAGAUAAUGUGGUCGAGGCAAGAAAAUUAUUUGACACAGUUAUUGCAUGGGGUAUUAUGCAUGAUGUUUGGAGUUAUAACAUCUUGAUUAUUGGGUAUUGCAAGUGUAAGAGGAUUGAUGAAGCUGUGAGUCUCUUCGAUGAAAUGCAUUGCAAAAAUAUGGUUCCUAAUAUUAUAACUUACAGUUCUCUUAUUGAUGGUUUGUGCAAAUCUGGGAGGAUCUCUUAUGCAUGGGAACUUUUUAAUACAAUCAAUGACGAAGGUCCACCGCCUAAUGUUAUCACUUACAAUAUCAUGAUAGAUGCUUUGUGCAAAAUCCAAAAUAUUGACAUGGGAAUUGCCUUAUUUAAACUAAUGUUUAAAAGGGGGUUGACUCCUAAUGUUUUGACUUAUAACAUCUUGAUUAAUGGGUAUUGCAAGAGUAAGAGGAUUGAUGAGGCCAUGAACCUCUUUAGUGAAAUGCAUAACAAAAAUUUGGUUCCUGACUCUGUAACUUACAAUUCACUUAUUGAUGGCUUGUGUAAAUAUGGGAGAAUCUCUGAUGCAUGGGAGCUUUUCAAAGUGAUGCACGAUGGUGGACCACCGGUUGAUGUUGUUACUUACAAUAUCUUGUUAGGUGCUUUUUGGAAAAUACAACCUGUUGCCUAGGCAAUUGCAUCAUUCAACCUAAUGUUGGAAAGAGGAUUGACUUCUUAAGUUGUCAGCCACAGCGUCUUGAUUAGUGAAUUUUGCAAAAGAACAAAUGAAGUUGUGAAUCUCUUCAAAGAUAUGUGUCACAACUAUAUGAUUCUCGAUACUAUAAACUCAUAGUUUUCUAAUUAAUGGCUCAGGCUAAUAUGUAAAUCUAGGAGAAUCCAUAUGCAUGAGGGCUAACUUAUGGUACAGGUUGUUCGAUGGUUUUUGCAAAAACCUGUAUCUUAACAAGAUGACUGCUUUAAUUCAUUACAAUAUCGAAAAGAUAUCUGUUUUGAUUGGCACCUAUUCUUUCAUUGAUGGUUUAUACAUAGGUCAAAGGUUGAUGAUUACAUAAAAGAUUGUUCAGCAUCUUUUGAUUGUCUGAAAGACAUCACAUAACACCAUAACCAAUGGACUAUCCUAAGGUUUGUUCCAUGAAGAAGCAGCUUUCUAUUUAGAAAAUAACAGGUGAUAUUGAUAACUGAUAAGGGAGAGGAACUGCAUCAAGAAAUGAUUGCUUGAGGUCUGUGCUAAAUACAAAUGGUAAAUCCUACUGAGAUACAUCGACUACACUACACCAAAAUUUACGCUUGUGAUGGUAUGGCUAAAUGUUUAGCAAUACAAGUUUCUUUUCAGUUAGAAAAACUGGACUACAAUUCUGCUAGCAAUCCUUAGGCAAGUUGGGCCCAAUGCUAUGUUUUUGAACUUAUUUUAGCAUUUGGUUGUUUCCAUUGGUGAUUAUUGUCCAUAAAUUAUAUCAUUGUUAUAGUGGCAAAUAUGUUCCUGAUGUGCUCCUAUCAACAGUUUUGCAUAUUGAAUAUACCUUUUUGUUGUAUACAUGCUCAUGCUGGCAGAUAUGUUGAUUUCAUUGUUCACAAUAUAAAUGUACAGUUAGAAUUCUCAAUUCUGAUAACUGUUAUCAAUGUAGGAUCAGAAGAAACAGUUUUAUAAGAUAUAAUUUCUGGUUGAUUUUUCUUUAUGAUUCAAAUGAUGUUGCAGCUACCUUCCUUAAAAAUAAUUUGUUUAGUGUGCUUGAUAAAUAUUGGAUGCAGCUUCUCAUAACACAGGUUAUCUCUAUCUCUUUCUCUAUAAUAUACACACAAAUUACAAUGCUCACACAAAAAACAGUUUUUUCCACGUGUCAAUCGCACAAUAGCAGUGUUGUCAAAUAGCUGCUAUUGCGGUGCUUUAGUGCUAUAGCAUAGUGGAAUUUGAACAAACCAUUAUUUUCCGUGAUCCGCAACUGACAACACAUGCUCAAUAGCUACCUUUAAAAUCUUAUCACAAGUUUUACUCAAAGAGAUCCUUAUACACUUUUUAGAUCAAGUAACCAAUACAACUAGACAAAGCAUGUUUCUUUCAUUAAAAGAUUGAAUUUGAAUAUAUUUGAUGCUUUCCUCUUACAUUUUUCUUUGCAUUGAUUUUGUAUUUCUGCAAAUGAAACUCUCUUAUGAGGUGACUCCCUCUCCUACUUCAUUGUUUUCUUCUUUCAGUAACCAAUUAUUCGUUUGCUGUAGUAGGAGAAGAAGCAACAAACCAAGUGGGUAGAUAAGAAGCUUAGUCUUCCAUUGUUGCUCUCAACUUUGUUACUCUUCUGGCGUUAGGAUUAGAUAAUUCUAAAUGAAUGGUAUGCAUAGAGAGGCUAAAUCAUCUCUCAUGUCUGUAUUAUGAGAGAAAACAAGAUUAUUUCUAUCUUUCCAUAGAGAGCUCAUAAGGCGACUUCAAAGAAAGUUUCUCAAUUCCAAAGAGAUAAUUUUGAUUGACAUAUCUAUACCAAAAAUCUUUUCACACUAUCACAAUCCCGCAACAUAUGCAUAAUGGAUUCAGGGACAAAGUGACAUCUUAGGACAUAAAGAAUCAUGGGUCAUGCUACCCUUGUGGCGUUCCUCAUUAGUAAGGAGGUAUCCAUGAGCUAUCUUCUAGAGAGGCAUCACAAGUUUUAUGAUGGCAACAAUAAUUGUGUAAAAUAAUAAAUUACAAUUUUAUGUUGACUAUGAAUUGUUGUAUAUCAUAAUUACGUUUUGACUCUUUUCA